CCCCAGCAUCUUCAAGCUGCAGUUUCCUGCCUGAAGGGAGAGACGAGUACAGAUAAAAGGGGUGCAGCGGGUUUGAGAACACCAUAGUGCUCUAUAGAGCCCCAAUCUCCACACCUCCUCCAGCAAAUACACUAGCUGCUGCUCCCUGGUCUCGGAUCUCCGAUCUCCACAAUGAGCCUCCCGCUCCGCAGCUCCGCCCGCAUCUCUAAGCGGUCCAGCUCGCCGUUCACGCUGCUGGCGAUUCUGAUGCUGCUUACAUUGCCGCAGCAUCUAGCUGAAGCUGCUCCUUCUGCAGGCAUAGCAACCGUAACUGAGCUGCGUUGUAUUUGCUUAACCGUAACUCCAAGAAUUAACCCCAAAAUGAUCGCUAAUUUGGAGGUGAUCCCUGCAGGUCCACAGUGCUCCACGGUGGAAGUCAUAGCUAAGCUGAAGAAUCAGAAGGAUGUCUGUCUGGACCCAGAAGCUCCAUUGAUUAAGAAAAUCAUUCAGAAAAUACUGGACAGUGAAAAAAAGAAAACCAAGCGGAAUGCACUUGCAGUGGAAAGAUCGGCCAGUGUUCAAUAGAAAGAUUUCUGAGCACUCUGCCCCCAGUGAAGACAAGAAGGAAGGGCUGAUUCUCGCCACCUACGGAUUUUCUUUAUGAACUCCUUGCUUUGAUGAGAAAAGAGAAACCACUGUCCCUUGAAGUUGCCUGCUCAUCUUAUGAGUGUAUUUAGCAAAAUAUUUCUUAUUGUCUCCUAUCUGUUACACUAUUAGAAAUUGUGGUACUUUAGAGUGUAGGUCAAGAAUCAUUGAUUGUUAACCUUUCAAAAUGUCUUGAAUUGAAGGUGACUAUUGUAUUGUGCCUCCAGAAUAUAUAUAUGUGUGUGUAUAUAUACAAUAUAUGUAUUUGUAGUGCCUUUGUAAUGUUCAUGAGAAGGCAACCCUCAUCCUCUCUCUAUGAAAUGGGAGCCUCUUUUACUCUUGUUUCUUGGGUGUGUUAAAGAGCUUUCUUACAUCUGAGGAGCCUGGCAUAUAACUUUUUAUGGUUUUAGAAAGCUGCUAUGUCAUGCAGAAAACCUGUGUAGAAUACAUUUCCUUAUUUAGAAUUUCUAAAUAUGUAAGUUCUAGAAGGAUCAAUGUGUUCUCAUCUUAUAAUUUUAGACAUCUGAUGUCUUCUUAGUAUGGCAUAAUGUCAUGACUUACUAAUCAAACCAUAUGCUAUUUAUUAACUAGUCUAUUAGUAUUACUAUUUGGGCCACUAAGUAUAUAUUUUAGAUAGAUGAAGAAGGUAAGAAGCAAGGAAACUCCUUAGUUUUCAUAAAAAAUAAUUGGAAAGUUAUUUCGAGUGAGAGAAACUUUAGCAAAUAUCUAUACUCUUAGAGUUUUGAAAACAUAUUUAACAUGCUUGAAUAUGCAUUGCUGAGAUAUUUAGAUGUCUGUAGUUGUCUUUUAAAGAGUUUGCUUUAUUAUAAGGAAAUUAAUGAAUGCACCACAUCCAUUACUUUAAGACUGUACAUCUUAAAGUGUCUCACUUGUUCAUAUUACUUUUUUGAGGAAAA